UUCCAUCUCUCCUCUUCUUCCCUCUCUCUUCCAUGUUCCCUCCCUCUUCUUCUCCAUCUGAGAUUUCCUCCCCGCCACCUCUGCCCUCUACCUUCCCCCUCUCUCACCCUCACACUAUUCACUGACGUGUGAAUAAGGUGAAGCGGGCAUGGAUCUCCCUUCCCUCCCCCCACCUGUAUUUAGCGAGUCACUCGAUGGAGGUGUGUCACAUGGUGGAGGCGUGUCACACAAUGCAGGUGUGUACCAAGAGUGGACACAACUCAGAUGUGAGCUCAGCCAAAUGGGAACAGCUGAUUGUGUUGGUGAGACAGGGCAGGGAGGACCAGGACUAGGAGCGGCUGGUGAGACUUUGGAGAGAGGACGAGGGCCAGACUCUGUCCUGCUGUGGUCAUCGACCGGUCAGUUGAGCAUCGUGGCUGAGAAAGCCCAGGCUCUGGGCUUCAACAUGACCUCUGUGAGCUCUUUGCUGGCAGCGAUUGAGGAUGUGUGUUUGCCAAGUUGUCUGCUGGUGUUUGAGCGCUUCCGACUGUCCAAGCUAAGGAGAACUGGCCGGGAAUCCUUUCCUCGCUUCAUCGCUCGACUCGCCCAGCAGGUUCAUCUGUGCAAUGUUGGUGAAGAGGAAGAGAAGGUGUUUGCCCGCAUGGCCGUGGACAACUUUCGGGAGGGUGAGGAUUGUGGACUUUGUCACCAUCUGAUUGUCAGCGGUGAGCACAGCAUGGACCAAGUCUGCUGGACAGUGGCAGACGCGCACGAGUGUCGGACUCAUGGUCACAGCCAACCUGGCGCUAAUGACAAUCUCCUCACUCGCCAGUCUAGUCUGGACUGUGGUGGGAUCCGAACCUGUACCACGGGCAAGUGUAGCAAGAGGUUGAAAUUAGGAAGUGUCAUUGUGUCUGGGGACACGUCCGUGCCUGCACCUGGCCACAGGGGGACACCCGAUGGUGGGCUGGACAUUGUUGGGGGUGAGGCAGGGGGCGUCCGGGGUGUUGCGUGUGAUUAUACUAAAAAACCUGGCAGAGACUGUACUUCUUCUUGUGACAGUGCCACUGUUCCGGUUCCUACUUCCUGCAACAAUAUGACGUGGGGUAAAGCCACAAAUGUGGACACUGCUGCUGUGUCGUCGGUGCAACGCGACUGUGCACACGCGUGUAGCUAUUGUGACAAACGGUUCAAAACGGCGUCUGUACUGAAGCGCCACCUGGUGUGCCACUCUAGCGAGCGACCCUUCUCCUGCCCCACGUGCGGGCAAACACACAAGCGGGCGGCACAGCUCCGAGUCCACCUGAGGACACACGAUGGGGCCCGGCGAGACUACAAGUGUGUUGUUUGCGGCAAGACGUUCUUUAGGAAGGACCACCUCACGACCCACGCCCGCACACACUCGGGGGAGCGUCCCCACUCCUGUGUUGCAUGUGGCAAAACCUUCACUCGUCUCUCCUCCCUGCAUGCCCACCGCGCCUCGCACCGACCGGGGCGGUCCAGUGUAGAGGUCAAGUUCACCUGUGACAGGUGUGGGCGGUCAUUCGUCCAGCGUACGGCCUUCAGCGACCACCUGCGUCGACACACAGGAGAGAAGCCGUACGUCUGCGACCAGUGCAGCAGACGGUUUUCUUCCACCGCCUUGUUGAGGCAGCACAGGCGGCUCCACUCAGAGGAGCGACCCUUUGUCUGCGAUGUCUGUGGGAAGUGCUUCCGGCACAACCAGACGCUGCACACGCACAAACGCACGCACACGGGCACGCGGCCCUACAUCUGCCCGCUGUGUGGUGCUGCCUACGUCUACGCGAAAAACCUCAAACAGCACCGAAAAAGUGUGCAUGGCGGGGGAGACAAACUGGCCGAAGCUGCCUCAUCCGCACCACAGAAGUAGGACAAGAACAGGAAGUGCAACAAAAUUCUUUUGUCUCCUUAAUAUGUGCUAUAUUGGAAUUUAAUUUUCCCCCCACUCUCAUGAGACAAGUAUAUAAUUAUGUAAUAGGAUUGUGUAAGGAUUGGGAAGUUGUGAGUGUGGCUUAUGAUCCUCCACCUCUCCCAUUCCCUCAUCCCCCCAU